GGUUGGGGCCGUAUGUGUGACUGUGGGGAGCCCCGCUGGGGUUGGGGGCACUGUGCUCUGAGCCCCAUGCUCCUCUUGAGUCUACUUUUGUCUGCAGCCCCGUUCGGCCUGCUGGGGGAGAAGACCCGCCAGGUAUCUCUGGAAGUCAUCCCUAGCUGGCUGGGUUCCCCCCAGAACCUGCUUCAUAUCCGGGCAGUGGGCACCAACUCCACACUGCACUAUGUGUGGAGCAGCCUGGGGCCUCCAGCAGUGGUGCUGAUGGCCACCAACACCCCCCACAGCACCCUGAGCGUCAACUGGAGCCUCCUGCUAUCCCCUGAGCCUGAUGGGGGCCUGAUGGUGCUCCCCAAGGACAGCAUCCAGUUUUCUUCUGCAGUUGUCUUCACCAAGCUUCUUGAGUUUGACAGCACCAACAUAUCUGAUGUGGCAGCAAAGCCCCCAGGAAAACCGUAUCUUCCAUACUCCUUGGCUGACUUCUCCUGGAACAACAUCAGUGACUCAUUGGAUCCUACCACCCUGACCGCCACAUUUCGAGGCCACCCCAUACACGACCCUACCAGGGCUUUUGCCAAUGGAAGCCUGGCCUUCAGGGUCCAGGCCUUUUCCAGAACCAGCAGACCCGCUCAACCUCCUCGCCUCCUGCAUACGGCGGACACCUGCCAGCUAGAGGUGGCCCUGGUUGGGGCCUCUCCCCGGGGAAACCACUCCCUGUUUGGGCUGGAAGUAGCCACCUUGGGCCAGGGCCCUGAAUGCCCCUCAAUGCAGAAGCAGCACUCCAUCGAUGAUGAAUAUGCACCUGCUGUCUUCCAGUUGGACCAGCUGCUGUGGGGCUCCCCCCCAUCAGGCUUUGUGCAGUGGCGACCAGUGGCUUUCUCACAGAAGCAGGGGGGCCGAGAAUCAGCCCUUCCCUGCCAAGCUUCCCUUCUUCACCCCACCUUGGCAUAUCCUCUCCCCCAGUCACCCAUUGUCCGAGCCUUUUUUGGGUCCCAAAACAACUUCUGUGCCUUCAAUCUGACGUGUGGGGCUUCCACAGGCCCUGGCUACUGGGACCAACACUACCUCAGCUGGUCAAUGCUCCUGGGUGUGGGCCCCCCUCCAGUGGAUGCGUUGUCCCCACUAGUCCUGGGCAUCAUGGCAGUGGCCCUAGGUGCUCCAGGGCUCAUGCUGCUGGGGGGAGGCCUGGUUCUGCUGCUGCGCCACAAGCAGCACUCAGAGUACUCAUCCAUAAAUUGAGGCCAACUCUCUGGAAGGAAGGACAGUACUAGACCUGCCUUGCUGUGCCUCAAACCUCUGGAAGUUUGAGGGUUAACGUUCCAGCCGGCCCCUCCCCCCUCCCAUCUUACUUUUCUGCAGAACCUCAGAAACCAGCCUCAACUUCCUGGGGACCCCUAGGUGGGGCCUCUUUCAUACCCUGGGAAGGGGCCAGGGCCAGUGUUAUUGCUAAAGGGAAGGUCCCCUUGGUGUUGCCUUCCUGCGUCUCUAUCCCGUUUCCCUUGGAUGGGACUCAUAGGCCAAAAUGAGAGGCCUUCUGACUGGCUGACUGCCCUGGAGAACAUGAAAUAGACCUAUUUUUUCCCA